AUGGGAACAACCAAAACCACCUACCGCGUCCAGGGUAUUCCUGCUGAUGCCUCGCAUGAUGAUAUCAAAGUAAUGAUUUCCCAGGCCUUGGGGGAAGAUGCGAGCACGCUUGAUCCUACCAUCCAUUCGCUUGCAUCAGACCCCUACAAACCUCUCAAUUCCAGCACGAUGGUCGCCACAGUCACCUUUGAACACGCACCAAAAACGCUCAAGGCCGGCGACGAACUGACGAACAAUGUGACAUGGGACAGUAGGACUCACUACAUCACGGUGGACUCUUCUUUUAGAGGCUUUACACCUUUAAACGAUGCGAAAGCCGAGCUUAACUCUGGGAUGGACGUCAUCGCCGUCAGCGGAUUAAGCAGCCAUCCUUUUGGCUCCUGGAAAGCAAGAAGGGGCACUUUUAUGUGGCUGAGAGACGAGGUUGCAAAAACGGCUGACAAGGCCCGUAUUCUACUUUAUGGAUACGAUACAACGCUUGUCGACAGCGACAGCUUCCAAGAUGUCGGCGAUAUUGCACAGCGGCUGAGCGCCGAUGUUAACGCGAUGCGGAGCGGGCGAUCAGCCCAAGGCGCAUUGGGUGCCGACCCCAAUUAUCUUCGUUGCGCACUCGCUAGGUGGACUGGUCGUGAAAGAGGCUAG